AUGACACAGCAGGAGGAGAAGGAAUGGGAAAAAGUCCAGAAGAAAACAUUUACAAAGUGGGUGAAUGAGAAGCUCAUAAGAGGAGGCCAGAAAGAGAUUGGUGAUCUGUUCACGGACCUGUGCGAUGGGGUGAAACUUGCACAGCUUCUAAUGGUUUUGCAGAAGGAUGCUGUUGAGCACAACCCAACGCCGUACACUCGGAUUCAAAAGAUGGAGAAUGUGGAAAGAAUCCUGUCUUUCAUAAAAGGAAAGAGGGUCAAGUUGAUAAACAUAGGGCCACAGGAUAUUGUUGAUGGGAAUCCAAAGCUUAUACUAGGGCUUAUAUGGUCUCUGAUUUCAAGGCUAGCAAUUGCAAAGACGGCAGAGGCCGGGGAGCUCUCAAUAAGAAACGAGCUGCUCAGAUGGUGCAAGGAGGUGACGAGUGGAUACAAAAAUGUAAAUAUAGCUGACUUCUCCAGGAGCUGGCGAGAUGGGCUUGCAUUCAAUGCAAUCAUCCAUAGGUUCCGGCCGGAUCUUGUUCCAAACUUCCACGACCUCCAGGCCUCUGAGAAGGCAUACAAUUUAAACCAGGCAUUCAAAGUUGCAGAGAAGUUCCUCGGAAUCAAGAGACUGCUUGAUGUGGAAGAUAUAGUGGAAGUGUCUAUUCCGGACGAAAAAAGCAUCAUGACAUAUGUUUCCGGGUAUUACAAGAAGUUCAGAGAGUACGAGAAGGAAAAGUCUGCGCUCAGCAGGGUUAAGGGCGUUUUGGAGGCUGUUGACUGGUCAAUACAAGCCAGGAACCUCUAUGAGAUCAAAGCAAGGAGCCUGCUGUCUUUGAUAAAGGGCCUUGAUGGACAGAGAAAAGAAGUAUGCAAGUUGAUAAGAAGCCUCAACAAGGCAUUUGAUCUGCUGCUUGAGAUGAACUCCAGAGCCGUCCAUGAAUCCGCUGAGCUUCAUUCUCUUUUUGGAAGUAUAAAUGCGGUACACAGCCUCUACAGAAUAAAAAAGUAUUCCCCUCCGGAGGAUGUGUCUCUGGAGAAGUUUUUGUUUCCUCCCCUGCAGCCGCAGAAAAUUGUCGAGAGCAUCGGGAUCAAGAAGUUAUUUGACCCGUCGUUCCAGUCUGAAUUCGAGGCACUGAACCGGACAUUUGAGCUCUUCAAGCAUAUGCUUUCCAAGGGGGGAGACGUGAGAGAGCAGAUGCAGGUCACAUCCGAGCUUAGCAAUAAGCUAAUGGAAAUGACCUUUACACACCCUCUAGCUAAGACCCAGAAGGAGGGAUUUAAGGGCAUUGCAAUGAAAAAGCUUGAAACCUUAAAGAAGAUCCAGGACAAAAAGACUAAGGAGGAAAAGGUUCUCGAAAGCGCUACAGCUCUAUUCAACACGGUGUUAAAAAAGGACGAGUGCGGUAUAAGCCCUACAGACCUGUGCUGGUGCUUGGGCCAGCUGGGCCUUUCAGUCGAUGAGGGAAUGGUUCCGUUUGGAAAUCCAGACGGUAGAGUAUCCUUGGAAGACUAUCUUUUAAUAGUUAAAGAGACGCACAGCACAUUAUGCGAUUCUUCGGAUCUCAAAAGGGCCUUCAAGAUGUUCACCACGGACGACAUCUUGGAUCUCAGAUCGCUUGGGAUCGAAAGCAAGGACCUUCGAAGUGUCUAUCAUUUCAACGGGGAAAAGCCGUCUCUAGAUGUGAACAAGUUUUUCGAAAGCUUUAUCGAAGAUUAA